AUGACUGACAAUCAACCCCCAGCUCGUCGCACGCGUGCGGCAAAUGCAUUUGCGCACCCUGGCCACAUUGUUCUCCAAGACCAGGUCAAGAGGCGCUCCAAGCAGGAGAUGGCGGAGGCUCGCAAACUACAGUCAUUCGCCAAGGCUGUCCUCGAGCAUCAGCGUAGAGAAACCAUCGAGAACGCUGCCGCCGUGCAGCGUACCAUGGCACAGCGCGAUGCAGAGGAACAGGCGCAGCGCGUGCUACCACCGAGGUUUGCUGUCAAGAGCAACAAGUCUUCGAACACCUCAGGGAGUCGCCUGAAGGUGGCGAGCAAUGGCCCAGAUGCUGACACGGAGAGCAUUGAGUCCGAUACCCCGCUCUCCGUGACUACUGUCACUCCUGCGAAGGUCAAGAAGCCUCGGAAGAAGGCUAUACGUCAAGAGAUUGACAGUACGGCGGCUGCUACGACGGCGCAGACGUUCCAAGCUGUGACUCAAUCCGAGUCCACAGGGGCUGGUAAGUCAACAGCUGGGAAACGCAAGUCGGCGGUGUCCGAUUCGGCGGCGUCUGAUGCCGGCGCCGGUGGACAGUCCAAGCGGCUCAAGCCAAUGCAUCCCUCUGGCAUGCUAACGUCAUGGAAAGGGGCCGCGACUCCGGCUCGCACUGCGCCGCCGUCCAUGAAGGCGCGCCCGGGCGAGGCUGUGUCUAUGCCGCCGGGUAGCUCACGAGUAGUAUCAGCCAUCAAAGUCGACGUUGAUCCAUCGGACGAUGAAGCAUCUAGUCACACGGACAGCGGUGACGAUGCUGCCGUCGAGUUCACCAAUGGAGCCGACAUCGAUUCGCCUCCAGGUCGUCAGACCAAUGAGGGAAUUGUUGGUGUUGCUCCAGAAGUGCCCAGCGACGCCCCCGCCGGCACCCAGCCGGCGCCUUCACCGGCGCCUGCGCGUCCACGCGGUGUUGGAUUCAUCAAUUUUGGCAGCGACUUCCAAGGUACCCCAAUGUCGAUGAACCACGGGAAUACGCAGGCCAUCGCACGGCUCGUGGCUGCUCGGCGUCAUGUGACGAAUCAUGACCUACCUUCGGGCACGCUGAACAAGUACAACAGGGAGUUCAUGCCUAAGCUCAUCGAGUUUAUUGCUCGCCUUCCGAAUCCCUGGGAACUGCAGGUCAUCAACUUCGCGGCUGAACUGCGCCGCCUGUGGAGCGAGGUCUUCCCCGAUGUGUCCUUGGGUUACCGAGUCGAGUCGCCGUUGUGUCCACUGUACGCCCUCUCCAUGCAACGCCUGUACAACUGGCGCUCUAGUUUCGGCGUCAAUGCGAUCGCGGCAGUCAAGCAUCAGGAAAAACACUUUCGGCGCCAAAUGGUUUGGGAUUUUUCCCAAUUAGCAUGA